GUAAUGUUAUUGACGUGACCCAUGAAGACUAUUUAAAGGACAAACGCAUUUCUAGAGUGCCGUAUCAUGCACUGAGUAAUUUGGAAAAAGAAAUUUAUACUGCACGCGCUCAAGUGAUGGACUAUUUGGUUCAGAGUCUGCGCAAAGAAUGCUACGCUCUUGCUGAGAAAACAGAUUUCAAUCGAACGGAUGGCCGAAUGAGACGAAUUUUAUGUCGCAGAAGCGAACUGCUUAUCGAUAAUGUCACCCUCGAAAAAACCAGUUUACGUACCAGCCGAACUCGUGCUUCACCGAAGACCGAUCGAACGGAGUUCCGUAGGUUGAUUCAGAUAAAUUUCACUACUAUAAUAAUCCAUCGAAUCAAGGAUUAUUUGUCUGGUGAUUCGAAGGAUGUACCUAUGGAAAUUGCUAUAAUUUUAAUAUAUAAAACAUCGAUAUGUCACCAGUAUGCAUAA